AUGAGGGUGCUCUGCCUGCUCUUUGCUGUGUUCCUGCUUUUUUCCUUGGCCACCCCAGGGCAGGGGCAGCCCAAGAGCUCUUGUGACGGGUACUGCUCCUACUUGUGUGGCAAAACCGACGAGUGGACCUUCAGCCCCUCCUGUGGGAAGAUGUACUGCUGCAUCCCCUCACCCAAAAAGGCAAAAUGA